AUGGGUUCUCAUUACUUAUGUGAAGUAAGUUAUACUAGAAGUGAGAAGCUUGGGGAAGGUGGAUUUGGAACAGUUUAUAAAGCCGUGAACGACAACAGGAAAUCCAAAAUCUACGCCGUUAAGGAUAUUAUAUGUCGUAAAAAUGAAGAUCUACAAUACGCUGUUGCUGAAAUUCGUGCUCUAGGUCAAUUAGCUCACUCUAAUAUCAUUAAACUGUACAAUGCAAAAAUAAGUCAGACAGCUCCGUUUCAAGCAAAGUUAAGUCUUCUACUGGAGUAUGCUGGCGGUGGGAAUUUAAAUGAUCGAUUGAAUAGAAGAAGCUCUGUGAAAAAAAGGUUGACUUGGAUGAAGAAGAUUAUCGAAGCCGUAGAAUUCUUACACGAUAACAACAUAAUGCAUCGUGAUUUGAAGCCACAGAACUUACUUUUAACUUCAAGGGAUGCGAUUAAACUUGCCGAUUUUGGUCUCGCUCAACAUUUUGCAAACAGAGACGAGAAUGAGAAUUGGUGUGAGUAUUACCUUAAAUUUGGUGUAGGACAGUGUUCCUAUGUUGCCCCUGAAGUAUACAAUGAACGAUAUACGUACAAAGUCGAUAUCUUCGCAGUCGGUGUACUCUUUCAUGUUCUGUUAGAGAGAAAAUAUCGAUAUGUAGACGGGAAAAAACAAUAUGGCGUCGUCAUUGAUAGCCAACCGCUUGGUUUGGAAAUGCAUAAACAACAACAUGACCUUGAAGUCGAGUUCUCUGACACAAGAUUUCCGCUUUUAAUAAAGCUGAUCAAAAAGACGCUUGCUUUUGAUUAUAACAAGCGACCUACGGCCAGCGAAGUGAAAGAAUACUUUCAACAAAAUUCAUUUAGUUUUUUGCUUUAUUUUGUUACUUAG